AUGACAACUCCAACGGUUCCAUACGGACCCCGUACAAGUUCUGCAGCAUCGCUCAAAGUCAAGGAUCUAUUAUGUCAAACGUCAAACGAAUGGGACUUGGAAGCAAUCAGAAGGUACUUACCUCAGUAUGAGGGCCAAAUUCGACAACUCAUCACCGGAAGAUCAAAGCCGAAGGACAAACUAGUCUGGCUUUCAGAUAAAUCAGGCGACUACACGGUGAAAACAGGGUACAAUCUCUUGAGGAUGAAACCGGAGGAUCAGCGAGUCGACAACUUCAACUGGAAAGCUAACAUCUGGCAACUGAAAAUUUCCCCCAAAUUAAAAUCCUUUCUGUGGAAAGCCAUGAGAGGAGCUCUACCAAGUAUGAUCAAUGACGCUGAUCUCACAUCUCCCAAAUGCAACCGCGCCAAACCCCUCUGCGAAACAGAUUCUCCAACAAUCAACGCGAUCGACAACACUCCCACCAGUGGGACUAACUUCGGCACUGCUCUACCCAUGGUUGCUCUGGAGCAUCUGGAUCGCCAGGAAUCGUUUACUCUUCGAGAACCUUGCACAAUCUCCGGCAAACACAAUCUCGACUGCGAUCAACAGGCUAAAGACUAG